CGCCCGCAGCUGUCAAAAAUUUUCAUUCCUCGCGUUCUUCGCUGCGUCGUUUGCUCGUUGCUCCGAUUUUCCGCUGAAAAACCCCGUUCAAAACCGCCUCAAAAUAGGUCGCCACUCGCCGGAAAUGACGUCCAAGCGGGACCGCGAUCGGGACGUCGAAUCGAGCCACUCGCGGGCCAAAUCCCGCGAGAAGGAUCGCGACCGAGACCGCAGAAGGUCUCGCUCGCGCGACCGUCACCGUGACCGUGACCACCGGCGGCGCAGCCGGAGUCGUUCCAAGGAUCGUCGCCGUCGUAGCCGCAGCCGUGAUCGUGAUCGUCACCGGGACCGGCACCACCGUCGGGGAAGCUCCCGCGAUCGUUACGAUCGGGAAAGCGACCGGGGCGGCUCGAGCCGGGCCUCGUCCAGCCGAACGACGGCGCCGCGAGCGGAAAGCCGCGAUAAGGACUCCAGCAGCGCGUACGAUUACAAGGACCUGGCCUUUACCCAGAACGUCAUCGAGUCGAUGAUGUCGACGGCGGCGAACGCCAAGAGCUUCGCCGAGCUGCUCAACAGCUACAACCAGCAGCAGCAGAUCGCCCAACAGCAGCAGCACAUGCAAGCCCAGAAGGCGCUGCUGGAGGCCCACAACGAGAACAGCCAGUCGUCGGAUGUUGGACAGCACGGCAGCGGCAACAACAGUGGCGGCGAAGGCGACAGCCGUCGCCGCAAGAAAAAGUCCCGCUGGGCCGGCGGAGAUCACGACAAGACGUUCAUUCCGGGCAUGCCCACGAUUCUGCCGCCGGGGAUGAGCCAGGACCAGCAGGAAGCUUAUCUAGUUCAACUGCAGAUCGAGGAAAUCAGCCGGAAGUUGCGCACGGGAGACCUGAUGAUACCGCAGAAUCCGGAAGAAAGGUUUGGACGCUUGUACAAAAAAAAGCUUACUCUGUUAAUCGUACACUUUCUCUCUCGUUCCUUUUUGUGUACCGUUGUGUGAUGUGGAUUAUAGUUUUGUGCGCUCCGAGUUUUUUUUUUCAGCUGGGUCGAGAUCAAAAGGCGUGGAAAGUCCAAAAAUUACUUGGUUCUUACCUCUGUCAUUGGUAAAUUUACUAAUCUUUACCAUGAAAUUCAGCUGGUACUCGAUUCUUACAUCUGUGAUAGGGAAACGCAGUUUUUUCUGCUUUUUUACAAUUUAUUCCUCAAUUUAACACUCAAUAUUUCGUCGGUGAUAUGAAAAACUUUGUUAUCUUAUUCAUAAAAUUGAAUUAUUCCAAAUUAUUUGAUUCUUAACUCUCUUUGGUGGGGAAAUGUUACCAUAACUCUAAAGUUAUAUUUUUAGAGCUCUCAGUUUUGGUUAUACCUAUAUGAAAUAGAGCUUUUCAAAGAUAAGCCAAUCUAACGUCUGUAAUUGGCAAAGGUAAAAUUCUGACAAUGAAAUUAGGUCCCUAAAAUGAGUUAAAAGUGGCGUUUAACCGCGCGGUACUUAUUUGCAACAUGUUCUGAUAAAAAAAAAAAUAUAUAUUGUCUUUGCUUAUUUAAAUGCGACUGAAAAUUACAAAGUAUUAAUAUCAAUAGUGUUUUAUUUGAUAUAAAUAAUAAUAUUGAAAAAUCCUAAUUGCCUUCUAAUGCCGAAUCUCAAAACGCAGAAUCUUGAAAUUAAAAGGAAAGAUUUUGUUUUUGCUCGAAAUGAAGUUACUCGAAAAAAUCUAAACAGUUUCUGGCAGAAAAAAAA